ACCUUCUUCUACAGGCGCGUAGGCGGGACUUCCUGUACAGUAGCGCAAGUUAGUCCAACAUGGCGCUUAUGUCGCUCGCUUGAGAGUGAAUUGGGAACCGCGCAGAAGUUAAGCUAGUUACGGUGUAUUUCAGUGUGAGAGAGAGCAUAUUUACACAGAUUAGUGUCUGCCGACUGCAGAUAUCGGCUUUUUGGAAAUGAAGGGGAAGGAGCGAUCGCCGGUGAAGAAACGCUCCCGGGCGCCAGUUGAUAGCAGAGACCGAGGAGGAAGCCACCCGAGCGGCAAGAAGACCGGAGCCCUGUCGGCUAUUGGCAGCAACAACGGUAACGGCUCUGCUCAAAACGGCGCUUUAUCCAGGAGAAGUUUACACAUCGAGAAAAGAGACAUGAGGGAUUCAGACGGACACAAUUCAUCCACUCGGGCUGGUAGCGGUUACGACUACGGAGUUGUUUCGGUGAACAAGCCGUACGGUGGCGCUGACAUCGCCGCGGAAACAUCCAGGUCCGGUUCACGCAGCGACCCACGGCCUCCGUCAAACCCCGACAGUGAGUACAAGACUCUCAAAAUAAGCGAACUGGGCUCUCAGCUGAACGACGAGGAGAUAGAGGACGGACUGUUUCAUGAGUUUAAGAGGUUUGGGGACGUGAGUGUUAAAAUAAGUCGAGAAAACGACGAGAGGGUGGCGUUUGUGAACUUCAGGAGGCCUGAUGACGCCCGGGCGGCCAAACACGCCCGCGGCAAGCUGGUGCUGUACGACCGGCCUCUGAAAAUCGAGACAGUUUAUAUGAACAGACGCAGAAGCCGCUCCCCUGUUUCAAAAGACAGUUUCCCUUCAGGACAGAGGCAUCUCCACUCUCAGAGACCCCUGUCUCCCACUGGUUUGGGGUACAGAGACUACCGGUUACAGCAGCUGGCUCUGGGCCGUCUCCCCCCUCCACCGCAACCACCUCACAUAAGAGAUCUGGAAAGAGACCGAGAUUUUUCAAUAUAUGAUGCCAGGAAUAGACCCCCGUUCAUCCCUGAAUGUGCUGUGUACCGUGAGGAGGACCUGAUGAGCCCUGAGGAUGACCAGAGGGCAAACAGGACUUUGUUUCUGGGCAAUCUGGACGUCAGUGUGACGGAGAGUGACCUGAGGAGGGCUUUUGACAGGUUUGGAGCGAUAACAGAGGUGGACAUAAAGCGGGCAGUGAGAGGCCAGACCAACACCUAUGGUUUCAUCAAGUUUGAGAAUCUUGACAUGGCUCAUCGUGCCAAAGUAGCGAUGUCAGGGAAAGUGGUGGGCCACAACCCAAUAAAAAUCGGCUAUGGUAAACCCACACCCACGACCAGGCUGUGGGUGGGGGGCCUUGGACCCUGGGUUCCCCUCGCUGCACUGGCCAAGGAGUUUGACCGCUUUGGCACCAUCAGGACUAUAGACUACAGGAAAGGUGAGGCAUGGGCUUACAUCCAGUAUGAAAGUUUGGAUGCUGCUCAGGCUGCAUGUACUAACAUGAGGGGCUUCCCUCUCGGUGGCCCUGACCGGAGACUCAGAGUGGACUUUGCAGACACAGAGCACCGCUACCAGCAGCAGCAGUACGUGCAGCUCCCCCUCCCCCUGCCACACUAUGACUUAGUCCCUGAGCCCUUUGCCCACCGCCUUACUGACUCAGUGAGAGUGAGAGAGAGGUCUCCUCCACUUCCCGCUCGCUUCAGAGACAGGGAUCUGUACCCCAGUGCUGAAUGGUCUGGCCUGGGUGUCCACGACAGGAUGCGGGGAGCAGGCUUUGAUCCCAUAGAUCGUCUGGAGAGGCGUUCCCGAGAGACCUGGUCGAGUGAGGGUGAGUUCCAAAGCCGAGAUCUAGGGCGCAAAAGGAGAUAUCUGGAUGAUGGCUGCCGGCUGGAUCAUUCACCUGACAUCAGUGACUAUGGUCUGCGCCGCCAUGGCGGCUCAUUAGAGCGCAGCCCUGGAGGGAGCAGCCGAGACGGCGGACGCUACAGUGACUCUGAACGCCUGCCUCGCUCUGGCAGAACCUCCCCCGUCAGAGAGCGCCAGGACACUGGCUUUGGAGAGAAGAGAAGAAAAACACUUAGCCCAGCUGAGCCAGGCUCCUGCCCUGAGAAGGACCGCAAACGCAAAGCCAGUGACUCAUCUAAGAGCCCAGCGAGAAAGGAGGAUCGCUUAGGACAUCCUUCCUCCAAGUCUGGCCAGCAGUCUAAGCCGGUGGCUGGGGGACAGAAGCUGAGUCAGGCCUGGCAGGGCGUCCUCCUGCUGAAGAAUAGCAGCUUUCCCACAUCACUGCACUUGCUGGAGGGGGACAUGUCGGUGGCUACCAGCCUGCUGGUGGAGGGCUCCACAGGGGGUCAAGUCUCCCAGCUGAAGAUCAGCCAGCGCCUGCGCCUGGACCAGCCCAAGCUGGAUGAAGUCUCCCGUCGCAUCAAGGCCGCCGGCUCCGGCGGAUACUCCAUCCUCCUGGCCGUGCCCGUGAAAUCUGAAGAUGGAGGGGUCCAGGACGCCAGCAGCUCCACCGAGAGACCACUGAAGAACCUGGUGUCCUACCUGAAGCAGAAGCAGGCGGCCGGCAUCAUCAGCCUCCCUGUGGGGGGCAGCCGUGACAAGGACCACGGAGGAGUCCUUCACGCUUUCCCCCCAUGUGAGUUCUCACAGCAGUUCUUGGAUGCCUCUGCCAAAGCCUUUGCCAAAUCAGAGGACGACUAUAUGUUGAUGGUCAUUAUCAGAGGAGCAUCAUAAAAAAAAUUAUUAAUGUCUCUUUUCCCGCUCAUGGACUGUUAAACUGUGAGUUGUAAAAACAGGGAGAAGUAAUGAUAACAAAGCAGAAUAACAGGAAAUGACAGGGUUCUGUGAAGUUCCCUUACCUGCAUGGUAGCUUGUAUCUCAUCCUGCUGAAGGUUUAUAGAAAUGAAACUCACAUUGAAUUGAACACAUUUUGAUACAUUGAUGGAUUCGAUUAUUAAUACAGUGACAUGCUUCACUUCUACUAUUUAGUUAUCAGAUAAAUGUACAUUACUUGAAGGGUACUCUGCUUAAAGUAUUUCAGAGCAAGCUACAGUUCUGUGAAUCAAUACUAUAUGUUGCCUUAUCUCAUUUAAAAAGAAACACACUUCCUUUAUGUCCUGUCAUACAAUGCCUGCCUAUAACAAAAAAGAAUUUAAUAUCUAAAACAGAGUAUUUAGCCUUCAUUUUAUCUGUACUCAGCAUAGAUUCAACUGGUCAGUGUCAACAAGUUUGUAGUAUUAUAAUGUUUGUAGAGCAAGCCUAAAGAAAUAAUUAAAUCAAACUCAUGUACAUGUAGAUUUUCUCUUGAACAAGGAAAUAUAUCGUUUUGCUCCAAAACUUUCCCCAUUGCUCAUUAAUAGGCAUAUUCCAGAUGUGCAUCUGUAUUACCUUUUUUGCUGACUAAGUAAACAUUUUCAAUACUUCCUAAUUCGAAGUUUCAUUACGACAGCUUUUCUAUUUUUGGCACUUUUGGCCAGUCCUGCUUAAAGCUAAAGAAAAUUGUGGAAAAAACAAUUCUAUUGAAACAAAAACAUGGUAUUAGUCUUGGUAUCUGGCCUUUAUGGACUAUUUUUUUAUAGUUUACUUUUUGAUAUGUUAAAAUACAUAAGAGCCUUAGGGGUUAUAGUAUAAUAGAUUACAUUAAUAUCAAUGCUCCUUUUUGAGCCACAUCUGGAGGUUAUGUGACAUUACAAGGUGAAAUGAAUGCAGUUUUUCCUGUCUGUUUUUCAACACUGGUACAUGUAUGUAGGGGUGGACACAAGCAGCAUUAUAAUGCAGUUCAAUACAAUAACCUUGCAAAGAAUACUGCCUUUAUGAAGCUAAUUAUGUUUAGUUUUUGUUGAAAUUAUGUUAGAGAGGAGAUUUUAGGCUCUGUGUUUAUUUCUGACCCCAGGGUGUUGUAAUGAACUGCAUUAGGUUAUAAGAUAAUAUUUUGGGCUGCAACUUUUCAUUAUUGAUUAAGCUACUGGUACUUUUCUUGAUUAAUCGAUUAAUCAUUUGGUCUAUAACAUCAGAAAAUAAUGGAAAAUAUCCAUAUUUUCCUAAGGUGAUGUUUUCAAGCCCAAAGUGACGUCUUCAAAUUGCUUUUUUAUGGUCCUACCAACAGCCCCAAACCCAAAGAUAUUCAGUGUACUAUGAUGAAAGCGAAGGUGGAACCAUCAAAUGUUUGGCACUUUUGCUUAAAAAUAGAUGAUUAACCAUCAUAAUUUCUGCUUAUUAAUUAUCUGACGAUUGACUAAUAAUUUCAGCUCUGAACAUUAUUACCAUGGAGUUGAGUCAACUCCCCUUAGUCUCAACGACUGUAGGUCUUUUGUUUUGAAUGCCGUUUAUAUUCUACAGGGUUGCUUUUGUGUCCACCCCUUUUUAUAUUGUGUGUUUAUUGGCAUCACAUUCAAUUAGGUUGAACAGUAAUUGGUUGAUUAAGUUCUUCACUUUUCUUAUGGUAUAAUCCACUAAACACAAUAACUGCCCCAACAAAGCAUGUACUGUUAAAGAAAAAAAAGAUGAUGUAACCUAUAAAUUAAGAGCUAAAUGUAUGCCAUGCACAUCUCUAAUAACUGAUCAGGAAUCUAUUAGUAGAAAAUAUUGCUAUACUAUCAGUGGACUUGUUUGAUUAAAAACCUCUGAAUGAAUCAGAGGACAGGAGGCCGUUGUCCCGUGGCCUUACACGCUUUCUUCUGAAAGGACUGUUAAUGAUUGUUUUUCAUGCUUUGAUUUGAUUUCUGUGUUUCAAAUGGGAAAAAAAAAGAUUUGUAUACUCAGGAUAUCUGGAGAGAGAAAUGGAGAACAUCAGUGCUCAUGGGCCUAAAAGAAGUAUACCUGUCAGAAAAAACGCAAAGUGCAACAUGCACUUGAUUUUGUCUCAAUAAAUUUACUCUUUUCGUGGGAAACACGAGUGCCUCGGAAGACAACUUUUGUGACCUUUUCUGUUCUUGGAAUUGUCUAUCAAACUCUAAAGGCUUUAUCACUAUGACAGCAGGAGCCUUCCCAGCUGAAAGGAGAGGAAGUGUGAGAAUCAAGGGAGGUCAGCCUCUCAGUUCUGUGUUUUCAUUUUGUUGAUCAUCAUUUGUUGAAUGACCUCUUUUGUGAAGAGCUUUUCAUGUGACCUUCUUUCAGAUUGAAAUUUGGCCAUACUAGAAUACUUUUUUCAGUCCGUCUGCAAAGGCAAAUCUAGAGUCACUGUCUCUUCAGAUAUGUGGCUUAUUCCUCAGUCGCCUCUGGCCUGUAUGACCGGAGGUGUGGCAGAACUUGCCGCCUGUCAAGUUCUGCCAAAAUCGCCAGGGUUGUCUCCAUGUGACAGCCUCUCAGUGGAGGCACAGCAGCGUUUGAAGGCCCCCGGUCUGCUUUCUCAUCUGGCUCCAGCAGCACACAGAGUAUUGGUUCAGCGUCUGCAGCAGCUCGAGAAGGAGCAGUGUUCAUGUGUGUAUUUGCUUAUUGUUCUUGCAUUGGAGAUUUGAAGAAGAUCUCUGUGCUAGGGCCAGACUUCAAAAAGUGUCUCACCCCGUGUCGGAGAAGAGGUUGAGACAGUGAGACAGCAUCUGCUUUAUUUGCCAUAAAAUGGAAAGGAAACGCAACAGAAGAGAAAAGAUUGCCUGUACAGGGAAUACUAAUCUUUAGUUGAUAUGUUGAUCUGAUUUACACACUUUCAAAAAAAAAAAGAAAAAAAAAGAUUCUUCGUAUGAAAGCAAAGUGAAGAGUUUCCUGCUGUUACUGAGUCAGAAUCUGCUGCAGGAUGUGUAUUAUCAAGACGGUGCUGUUCCUGCUCAUCGCUGCUUCAACUCCAAACUAACGGGACGUGAGCAGCUUUCCUGCAGCUUCUGGUGUCCACACUGUGCCACGGCUGGGAUUCAAGGUUUCCUGGAGUUGUAACAGGUUUGAGCCUCGCCCCGGCUAUACCUGCUCCUGUUCCGCAGGUAAAGUAUUAAGAUGGCCUAAACUACUGACUUGGGUAUGUAUUAAAGUGUUUAAGACGACUACAAACACUUCAGGCCUUGUUUAAAAGCUGGUUACAGGGUGAAAAGAUAACAGAAAUGACUAAAAUUGAAUGUCCCUGAAGCAAACUAAUGCAGAGUUUUUGUUGAGGCAGUCAGAGAUGUUGAUUAAAAAAACAAAAAUUCAUGAAGUCUUAGUUUGUCAUGUUAAACAAAUAUCCUCUCAGUAUCUUUGUGUCUACUUACUGUAGGACUACUGUUCCUUUUUGCUGAUUCAACUUCCUUCUUUGGUAUAUUUUGUCAUGGUUUUUGACGCUUUUCUCCUUGUCAGAUUUGAAAUCUUGCAGUGUUGGUCCAAAUGCCCCAGCAAUUUAUGCAGCAACUGCUUUGAAUCUGAACAACAAAGGCCUAACCCACUCAGAUCCUUAAGUAAAAGGAUCAAUACCACAAUGUAAAAAUACUCAAUUACUGCUUAAGUAAAAGUAUGGAAGUAUUAUCAGUAAAAUGUACUUGACAUUUCAAAGUAUUAUACUAGAAUGCAGAAUGGCUGUUAUAUAACUGGAUUAUUAUUACCGCUGCAUUAACACGUAGAUCGCAUUUAAUGUAGCUGGUCGAGGUGGAGCUAAAUUUUUAUUACUUUAUACUGCUCAAUACAGUAUAUUUUAUUAGCUGAUCGUAUGUUCUGAAUUGUCCUAAUCUGCUAAGUAACUAGCAACUACAGCUGUCAGAUGAAUGUAGUGAAGUAAAAAGUACAAUAUUCCCCCUGAAAUGUAGGGAAGUAUAAAGAAGCAUAAAAUGAGAAUAUGCAAGUAAAUUACCUCGACAUUUUACUAAAGUACAGUACCUAUAAAGUAAAUAUACUUUGUUACCUUCCACCACUGCUCAUAGCUAAAUGCCAGUAAGUAUCAGGGAACUACAGGCCAAAUAGUCUCUGCUUGAGUUACUGACACAUUAUUUGCAAAAAUUGCAAAAUAAUGUAAUGUUAAGUAUCAAAGAUUAUGACAUCAUAUGCCAAACAUGGGAAAACUGCAUUAGUAAACAGGAACAAACAGAAGAUGGUUAAUGGAAUAUUUCUUUAAACAUUCUGAGAUUCCUCAAGUUGGCAUCUACUGCAUCUGUACUUCUUUCCUUCAUCUUUUCACUUUAUCCAACUCAUGUAGCUUUCUGUAAAUUGAUAGUUUAAGAUAAGCUAUUUCAGUUUCUGAAAGUGAAUGAAAUGAGUGCUUAAUGCCCUUAUUUGCACUGGGUGGAGGAGCUGUGAUGAAGAGAUGAUGUCCAAGCUUUGUGUAAUAAUGUCAAGUUUUAGAUCAGACAUCAUCAGCAUCAGUCGGAGCACACGAUGAGAACGAGCGGAGCCACACUGGGUGUUAAACAGGCAGUGGAAUAACCUCCUCAGGGUUGACGAAAGUGGUAUCAUGUAUCAUACAGUGGCAUGUCAGAUAUGUAAACUUUGUGCUAAAAUGUCAAGUUUAAAAUUUUGUUUAUACAAAUCGUGCCAGAGUGUAAUUAGUUUGGUUAGAUAGUAAGGGUGUGUUUACUGUAUAUGAGGGGGUGUUGAGGACUUGAACUUCACAAUUUCUGCAGUGUGAAUGUAAAAAGGGAAAUGUCACUUACAGUUCAGACGAAGCCCAUUACGGUAAAGGUCAGUUAAUCGAUGAUAUGCUGAGCAAAUCAUAAAAUGUAGGGAGGUCUUUCAUAGAAGUUUAAGUUUUAGUUAAUAGCUGUACAAGGCUUUGGCGCCUACUUCCCUGUUCUUAGUUCAGCCCCUGAUUUCAGCCUCCGGUCGUAACAAAUUCAAGGACGCUCUUGUUAGAAAGAAUGCUACAUAUGACUCUGACAGAAAGCUUUCAAUGAAAUAUUUAAUACAGAGGAUUUGAUUGCAGCACCUAUAAACAACCUAUGCUGUAUUUACUGUGUAUGUAUUAUUAGUGUGAUGAGGAGCUGUACAGUCGAACUUGAGUACACUUUUAGAAUUUGAGCACUUUUUAAAAGAAUCUCUUGAUCCUGUAUAAAGUUUCUUUCAGAAAAUGUCUUCACUUUUUUACUUUUGGAAAGUUAUUUAUGACUUUUAACUAAACAGUGCCUAAACAUGUUUUAAUACGAGCUGGUCAUAAUUAAAAUGUUGAGUAUUUCAGGUUGUCACCUCAGUAUGGAGGCGAGAAAGGAAGAAAAACUCUUCUCUGCCUGUCCUCACAUUUACCUACAGUGUGAAGCUCUAUAGAGCUUCAGUGAACUCUGAAGUUAUGAGUGCAUGUUGAAAAGGAAUUCAUCAGACAAGAGAAACUAUGUCUUGGUGAGUACACUUUAUAUUUAUUUCACCUCAUAUUUAUACCUUCAGUAUUUUAUAUUGAUGUAAUUUGCAUUUGAUUUGUGCUUGAAUAAAGGCUUGAAACACA